CCAGAGCUGGUUAAUAAUCGCACGGUGUGCAGUGGGCGCGGUUUAGGAUCGUGUUGCGCUGUUUCCUGUGGCGCGCGCUGGAGGAGCGCAAGCGGCGCGUUGAGCUCAACUUCUGCCUGAGCGCGAGCCCAUGCGCUUAUACACUCACACACACACUCGCGCAGUUUUUCCGCUGAGGAGCUCCUCCACCCGGACUCUCCACCCGGACUCUCUCCAUUAGAGCGCCGGAGCAGCAGCGAUCAGUCGCAGGCCCCGCUAACCGCUUUUCGCCAUGUCUCGAGUUGCGGAUCUGUCGAAAGUUCGUCAGGAGAGGAUGAGGGAGAUCACUCUGCGGAAUAAGGAGAAAGAGCGGAUGAGAGAGAGAGAGAGGGAGGCACGGGAGCGAGAAGCACGCUACAGUAACGGCCAUCUCUUCACCACCCUCACCGUCAGCAGCACCACGCUCUGCUCUGCCUGCAACAAGAGCAUUACAGCCAAAGAGGCCCUCAGCUGCCCCACCUGUAAUGUCACCAUCCACAACCGCUGCAGAGACGCCCUGCCCAACUGUGUCAAGAUGAAACAGCGGCAACAGAAGCUGGCGCUGAUGCGGAACAGUUCAACCUAUGGUGGGACGGUGACACUGCGGAAUAAAACACAUUUGAAAGAGAGGCCUAGCUCGGCCAUCUAUCCGUCCGACAGCCUCCGUCAGUCAUUGCUUGGCUCCCGCCGUGGACGGUCCUCCCUUUUACUCUCCAAGAGCGUAUCCACCAAUAACAUUGCAGGGACUCUCAGUGAUGACUCUCCCUUGGGGCUGCGCAGGAUCUUGUCGCAAUCCACAGACUCUCUAAACUUCAAGAGCAGAACCAUGUCUAUGGAAUCGCUGAAUGACGAUGGAGAACUGUACUACAACUCCAUGCUGGAAGGGUUGGAUGUCGAGGGGCCGGACUUUGAGGCAGAUUCCUGGAGUAUGGCUGUCGACUCAACCUACCUACAAGCCCACCGCAAAGAUGUUAUCAAGAGGCAAGAUGUCAUUUAUGAGUUGAUCCAAACAGAGCUGCACCACGUGCGGACACUACGUAUCAUGGAGUGUGUGUUUCGGCGUGGGAUGCUGGAGGAGGUGCAGUUGGAGCCGGGCGUGGUUCACGCGCUGUUUCCGUGCCUGGAGCGUCUUUUAACCCUGCACAUUCGCUUCCUCAACCAGCUGCUUGAUCGCCGCAGGCAGUGCUUGCAGCCGUCUAGUGGGCACAACUUCACUAUCAACCAUAUCAGCGACCUCCUCGUGCAGCAGUUCUCAGGUCAGUGCGCUGAUGAGAUGAGGAAGGCCUAUGCUGAAUUCUGCAGCCACCACUUGAAAGCUGUUAAACUAUAUAAAGAACUUCUGGCAAGAGACAAGAGACUACAGUACUUUAUACGGAGGGUGAGUAGAGUUCCUCUGUUGCGUCGUCAUGGUUUCCAAGAGUGCAUUCUGCUGGUUACUCAGCGCAUCACUAAGUAUCCUGUCCUGGUGCAGCGUAUCCUCGACAACACAAAGGACAAUGCUGAGGAGGCUGCAGGUCUGGCACAGUCUUUGGCUCUGAUACGGGAGCUACUGAGCAGCGUGGAUCAGCAGGUGCUAGAACUGGAGCGCACACAGCGGCUGCAGGAGAUCCGCUCAAGACUGGACUCACGUGCCGAGACAAAGCUCCGCUCAGGAGCGCUCUUCAGACCUGCAGAGUUGCUCCGCAGACAGCUUAUCCACGACGGCACACUGCUGUGGAAGACAUCCAGCUCUAGGCUGAAAGAUGUUCAGGUUCUACUGAUGACUGACAUACUGGUGUUUCUGCAAGAAAAAGAUCAGAGAUACGUCUUUGCAAGUUCGGAUAAGUCUGCAGUAGUCUCAUUGCAGCAUCUUUUGGUAAGAGACAUCGCUAAUCAGGAGCGAGGGUUGUUCCUUAUCAGCAGUGAGUUCAGCCCACCAGAGAUGUACGAGCUCCAUGCAGCUUCUAAAGAUGACAGAAACACCUGGAUACGUCACAUAGCACAAGCUGUCAGCAGUUGUCCCUCAAGAGAUGAAUUCCCACUUAUUGAAACUGAGGAUAAGGCACUUUUGCGGAGGCUUAAAGCUGACAUCCAGCAGAAGGACAGGGAGGUGUUGGAGUUGCUCCAGGAGCGAGUAACCCUGUUCUCAGAUCUGGCUGAGGUCAUGGGUGGUCACGAGGUCAUGUUGCCGCCCAACUCCAGAAACGUCUUCAGGGCUGACACUCCUCAGGCUCCUCGAGGGGAGCAGCUACUCACUCAGGCUAUUACAGAAGUGGACAGACUGACUGAGCUGUUGUUAGGCUCUGGUUUAGAGGUCUCUUUGGCUUGCAGUUCCAAUGGCCACCACAAUCAUACAGGGGCGCUAGUGAUCAAUGGACAGGAGGUAUUAGUUAAUGGCUCACAGGAGACUGCGUCUUCUCAGGAUGGGAAUGGGAAUCAAGUGGAGGAUAGGACACCGAGUGAGGAGAUGUCUCAGAGGCUGGUGAAUCUCAGUGCUCAGCUCCAUGCUCUGCAGGGGGCAGUGAUUCGUCAGGACUCUAUUUUAGAGUUCUGCCUGCGUGAGAGCUCCGUGUCUCCGGCCGCGGCUGGUGCCCGUCCUGUGCGCUCUCUGUCGCGGGACGGAGGCAGCGAUGUGGGCUCGGUGGGUGAACUGGCCCUGCUCCAGCGACAGCAUAGCCUUCUGCAGGAGGAGUUGGUGCGGUUAAGAGGAGCCGAGGGGAAGCUGAAGGACAGCGAGAGAGCAAGAGCUCAGCUAGAGAAACAGUUAAGAGAUCUAAAGUCCAACACUGCUGUUCUGGGGGACAGCACAGCAGCUGCUGCUUCACAGGCUCCAUCCCAGCGUAAAGAGAGUGAGACUGACCCAAACAUGGACACACCACUGGUUAGUCACGCGUCUGUGGAUCAGCUGGACUGCCUUCAGGAUUGCAGUGAUGUAGAUGUAGAUGUGAUCUCAGAUGAUGAUGAUGACGAUGAUGAUGAUGAAGAUGUUAAGGUGUCUCCACGUUCAGAGAGCCCUAGAGAUCUGCAAGACAUUCCAGAGGAGGGCGAGUCAGCUCCAGAACCGCGAGAAAGGGAGGCCUCACACUGCUAAUGCUCUACUGGUGCCUAGAAUCUAGAACUGGACCCUAGCCUAACUUAAUACAUCGGACCCAACGCUACUGAACCACAAGACUGUAUGAGCAAGUCUUCCUCAGAACUCUAAAGGAAGAAUAUAUAGCUAUUGAUAUUACCUUAAUCAUAUACAUAUUUAAUUGUAUUUGGUGAUUUUUGUUUUACAGCUUUUUGUGGCAAUCUUUGGCAUUGUAUUUUUUGACAUAAGUAUUUUUUUUUGUUUGUUUGUUUGUUUUUUUUUUUUUAAUCCAGUUUGGCUUUUGACAUCAGUGGACCAAUAAGAAUAUGCCAAAGCAGCAUGACAACAAGCUUAUAAGUGUCAGAUUUAUACAAAUAACAGGACUCUGCACUUGAUAUUGCAUGAAAUGUUUAGUGUUACAAUAUGAACACAUAAAUAAACUUGACAGUCGCUAAAAGGACUGAAGUAAACCUUCAGGGCGUUCUUGUUGACAGCAGAGAUGCUGUAUGUGAUGUUUUUCUUUCAGCUCUUGCUAAACCACGUUUUCUGUACACGCAGAAGCACGCAGUUAGUUUUUAUUCUUCAGUAAUCGUGAAAGAGUCUUGUGUUUCACUUUAGGACAUGAACGUUAAAGUUUUCUUUUUUUGCUCUUAAUUUGUCAUUUAUUUAUUCUUCUUUCACUUUAGCAGAAGCGUUGUUGAUCUUUCAAACACAUAGUAGAACAUUCUGAGAAAAAAAGUCGUAACUUUAAACACAACAAAGACCAUUAAACCAAAAGAACUAGCUGUAAUUUAAAUAAAAUUACAAACGCAGAGUUACAAACUUAAGAUGUAAAACCACAUGUUUUCCAUACACUAACUGAGUAAUUACAGCUGUACAUUAGCAUGAGGACUUUAGUAUGCUGUAGAUAUUUUGCUGGUCAUUUUAGCUCACAGCAGAGGACUCGCUGAACCCAGGUAGAUUUGUUUAUUUUUUUUUUUGUAGCUCUGUACAUAUGAGAUGAUUAUUUGCUAGGAUCUCUUUGUUGGACCUUCCAUGUUGAUUCCAGAAUUCUUUUCCAUUUUUGUUUUAGUUUUUGGACGUUUAACCUUGAUUUGACAGUGCCAUAGGUCACUGGCUGUGUUUGUCAACAUGAUGUGUCUUAAGCUUUGAUUUCAGGAAUCAGAAUACAGAGACUAUUGUAUGUUUGUAGGUUUGUAAUUCCUCUGAUUUGAAAAGUUAAGUAUAAUGUUUCUAUUUACGUACAAACAAAAGGAUUUGUAUAGGAAUUUAAUUAAUAUUGAUAUGUUUAAAUAUUGUUUAAAAUGCUAUUAUGACUAAAGAAUAUUGUUAUGGAUUUCAGAAUUAAAGUCGUGGCUAUGGACUGAAAAUGGUGAAGUACAAUGCACAAAUAUAUCCCUACUGUCUUAACAAAAUCUCCAUAAUGGUAGCUUUAAUGGUAAAAAGGAAAAAAAAUUCUUAAAUUUGUAUGUAGGUCAAAUGUAAACAAACACGGUUUUAUUCCAAGUCA